AUGUCCUACAAGUCCAAAGAGAUAGUCAUGAGAAACAGCUACCAUGACAAAUGCCUGCCUGGUUGUGACACUGCAGCCCAGAGUCAGCAUUAUGCUGUGGUUGUUUCAGCCAGAACCAUUAUGAAGCGUGCUCUACCAGAAUCUAUGACAUAUCUUGGGAACUACCAGCCAUCCACUUCAUGCCAUGGUUUUGAUUCAUCCGACUGCUGCCUUCCUUCACCCCUGGGUGUUCACAGGCAGCUCUACAACUGGAGUCAGCAUCAUCUCCCAGAAAUGACCAACGUCUCCAUGGUGGCUGAAUUCCUCCUCCUGGGCUUCUCUGAUAUCCGGGAGCUGCAGCUGGUCCAUGCCACGCUGUUCCUCCUUAUCUACCUACUGGCCCUUCUGGGGAAUCUCCUCAUUGUUGCUGUCACCACCCUCGACCAACAUCUCCACACCCCCAUGUACUUCUUUCUCAAGAACUUGUCUUUCAUAGACCUCUGCUACAUUUCUACAACAGUUCCCAAAUCCAUUUUCAACUCUUUGACCGGUGACAGGUCCAUCUCCUUUCUGGGUUGUGUCUCACAGCUCUUCCUAGUGGUCUUGUUUGCUGCUUCAGAGUUUUUUGUCCUCACUACAAUGUCUUAUGACCGCUAUGCCGCCAUCUGCUCCCCGCUGCGUUAUGAGCUCAUCAUGAACAAAACAGCCAGUGUGCGCAUGGCAGCAGCCUCAUGGCUUAUUGGGUGUGUGUUUGGAGUCUUGUUUUCAGCUUCUACCUUCUCCCUGACCUUUUGUGGGUCCAAUGCUGUUCAGAAGUUCUUCUGCGAUGCCCCCCCUCUGCUGAAGAUCUCCUGCUCUGAGGAUCACAUUGGCAUAGAUGUGAGUGUGGCUACUGCGAUAGUCUUAGAUGCCAUCUGUUUUUUUUACAUCAUCUUCUCCUACGUCCACAUCCUCUCUGCCGUUCUGAGGAUGCCAUCUUCUGAGGGCCGGACCAAAGCCUUCUCCACCUGCAUGCCCCAUCUCACUGUCAUCAUCAUUUUUCUCUUUACCGGAGCAUUUGCCUAUCUCAAACCACCUUCAGACUCACCCUCAGCUCUGGAUCUGCUGGUUUCCAUGUUCUACACUGUGAUGCCCCCCACUGUGAACCCCCUAAUCUACAGCCUGAGGAACAGGGACCUGAAGGCUGCCCUGGGCAGGAUCCUAAAGGGGACAUUCCCCCAGCAUUCACUCUGGGACAAAAUGUCUGUAUCCAUGUACCAAUAAUCCCCUCCCACAUCUUAAAAGAAGAAAUGCCCUUAGAUGCAUCCAAAUAUAGUACUGACCCAGAGGACCGAAGAACAAGUCUGGAUAUUCAGAAUUUGUCAAGGUCUGAGAGG